GACUGCAUGCUCCCCCCUCCCCACCCCAGGCUGCAGCCCGCGCACUCGGCUGUGGGCUUUUCGCGGCCGCAAGAGACCUGUACCCGCUCCGUCCCCGUUCACAAGCCCCUUCAGUUUCGUCGGAUCGCGUCUCCCUUUCCCCUUUCGAUGGCCGUCCGGUGGCGCGAUCCGCACCCAGCAGCGCAAUAGUUAACGAGCGCCGGAUGCGCCCUCACUCCAGCGGACCGCUACAGUACGAAGAUGGCGUCGGAGGGAGCCAGCGGAGAGCAGCCUCCUCCGGUACAAACACUGGCAACGGCCGUGCUGGGAAGCGUCGACACGAAAUGUGAGUUCAACAUGGAUAACCUGAGCAAGCCAGAGCUGCUCACCCUGCUGAGUAUCAUGGAGGGAGAGCUGGAGGCCCGAGACCUGGUAAUAGAGGCCCUGAGGGCUCAGAGGAAGGAGGUGUUUCUCCAGGAGCGAUACGGCCACUACAGCCUGACCGACCCCUUCCUGGCGCUUCAGCGGGACUUUGAGUGCGGCGUCCCCGGGGGAGACGCCGAGCGGCGGCCCCUGGGCUCCAGCCCCAUCUCUGUCCUGGAGGCCGUCAUGGCGCACUGCAGGAAGAUGCAGGAACGUAUGUCGGCCCAGCUGGCUGCUGCUGAGAGCCGCCAAAAGAGGUUGGAGAUGGAGAAACUGCAGCUCCAGAGUCUGGAGCAGGAGCACCGCAAGCUGACGGCGCAGUUGAAGGACGAGCGUGAGAAGAACAAGCACAUUGUCAUGAUGCUGGUGCGAGAGUGCAAGCAGCUUGCCACACGGGUGGUAGAGGAGUCGCAGCGCUUCGACGAGCUCCAAGCUCGCCUGGACGAGGAGAGUCGCACCUCUGGCCGGCUGCAGGAGGAGCUGAGCACCGAGCGGCAGCGUAGCCAACAGAUGGAGGCCAAAAUGGAAAAACAGCUGUCAGAGUUCGACACAGAGCGGGAACAGCUGCGCGCUAGGCUUGGUCGCGAGGAGGCCGAGAGCCAGAGUCUGCGGCAGCAGGUGGAGCAGCUGCGGACUGAACUGACUGAUGGGAAGGAUGCUGCUGUGACCCAGCCUGCUGCUUCUGGAGCAGAACCCGCUGCUGCCACCGGCACGCCACCCAAACCCAAAGCUCUGACAUCUGUUUCUGUAGCCACAGAGCCCAUUAGCUCUCGAGCAGCGUCUUGCCAAACGGACCUGCCACCCAAUGAGGUGGAGGGUCCCAAGAAGACCCCCCUCACCAUACCCGUCAAACCAACCCCUGCCAACUAUGUUGGCCUGAGCCUGCCAAAGACGUCUGGCCGGGGGAUCGUCCACAGCAGCUCAGGAGGACUGGCACAGACAGAGAAUGGCUCAGAGGGCCAAGCCCCCCACGGCUUACCCAGCGGGGUCAGCCCCCGUGUCCAGGCGGCCCGCUACAAGUUCCAGGAACAGGACCAAAACGGCACGGCGUCCCAGAGUCCUCCAGCCCGUGACCUCUCCCCCACCAACCGUGACAACUUUGCCGCCAAGCAGCAAGCCCGUCACACCGUUACGCAGGUUCUGUCGCGCUUCACCAGCCCUCCAGCAGGAGGUGCUGGACCCCUGCGCCCAGGCCUGCCCCACUCUGCCUCAGAGGGAGGCCCUUUUCCCGGUCGCCUGAGCCAUCCCAUUGGCCUCAAGUCGCCUACGGUGGCCAGGAUCGACCGGGGAAACCCUCCUCCUAUCCCUCCCAAAAAGCCAGGGCUUUCCCAGACCCCCUCUCCUCCUCAUCCACCCAUCAAGGUGGUGGGGGACAUCGGCCGCUCCCCUGGGGCCGGGCUAAAACCGGCCACGCCCCAGCUGCCACCCAAACCUGCCCUGGACCUGGUACCAGCCCUGACGGCCUCUCAGGUGGGUGCCUGCCCCCCCUCCCGCUCCCCGGGGCCUGGCCGGGGCCCUCAGCGGCAGCCGGCAGCAGCAUGUGCAGAGUGCCCCCCCGUCAUCAGCCCUGCCACCACUGUCAGUAGCCCCUCCUCCAUAAACCCCCCCUCCACCUCCUCCUCCUCCAUUAGUGCUCCAUCUUCCUGUAGCCCCCGUACCUCAGCAGGCAGCCCCCUGGCAACAGCAUCAGGCUGGUGUCCCUCCGUAGUCUCCUCUCUAAGUGGCGGUGGGCCUGCUGCCCUGGACGGCGGGCGCCCCCUGCUCCUCCAAGCUGCUUCCCAGGGAAAUGUCACUUUAUUGUCAAUGCUGCUUAACCAACCAGACCCGACCACCACCACCACCACCACCACCACCACCACCACCACCAACAUCACCUCUACCACCGCCAUGGAGAACAAGCCCAAUCAUCUUGACCAAGACCACCACCUCUACCACAACCACAACCAAACCUCUGCCUUGUUUGCUGCUGCUCAGAACGGACACACAGAGUGUGUGAAGCUGCUGCUGUUUUCGGGAUCGCCUGCUGAUGUUCCGGAUGAAAACGGAUUCACAUCCUUGCACUUGGCCGCCGCCCGCGGCCACAGCAGCUGCGUGGAGGCGCUGCUGGCUGCAGGGGCCGCUGUGGACGCGGCUGCGGCGGCGGCGGGGGGACAGACCUCCCUCUUUCUGGCCUGUGAGGCGGGACGGCUGGACUGCGUCCGGCUCCUGCUGGGUGCCGGAGCCGAUCGCUCGCGCUGCACCACGGACGGCUGCACGGCUCUCCAUGCGGCGGUGCGCUCGGGACACGUGGACACACUGCGCCUGCUCCUCUGCCACCUGCCCCGGGGCGACCCCGCCGUGACCCCCGACGCCUCCGGCGCCCCGGCGCUGCCUGCUGCCCUGCUGAACCAGGCCAACGGUGACGGCUGGACGGCCGCGCACAUGGCUGCCGCCCUGGGCCUCAAGGAGUGUCUGGAGGUGCUGUGCAGCCACAGUGAACAGGACAUCGAGAGGAGAGAUAAGUGUAAUCGCACUAUUCAUGACGUGGCAACCGAUGACUGCAAAGAUCUACUUGAAAACCUCCACUCGUACCGGGUCCUGGUGCGCCUCCAGUGUUCGGGUGGAGGAGGAGCAGGGUCCAUGUGUCCUGUGGAGGCCCUGGAGGAGGAGGCGAAGGGGGGCGCCGGCAGCCAGCUGGUGCUGUGCCGGGUGUCGGUGGACCGGUCGAUGCGCUGGGCUCAGCUGGACUCCGCGCUCGGCCGCGCCUUCACCUCCCACCUCCAGAUCCUCUGUGGAGAGUCUGCGAUGGGCAGGGAGGAGGCGCAGCGCCCCCCGCUAGGCCUCGGUCCCACCAGUAUCGCCUCCAGCCUCAUCGGAGAUACCGAGUGGUCGCCGGGUCAGGAGCUGCCUUUGUCCCCCUGGGACCUGGUCAGAAAGCCUCUCAGCCAGCGCAUCACCAUCCGCCUCAAAGGUCUGUCUGAGUCGUGUCUCGACGAGCUGGCUCUGGAAUCUCUCCUCCCCCUGCCGCUGCUGCACAACUACGUCCGCCUGGUGGAACAGUACGGCAACCUCAUCUUUCACGGGCUGGAGGGCAGCUGUCAGGACUACAUCGCCGGCCUGGUGGCUCGCUGCAUCAAGUCCAAGCAGGAGGCAGGGGGGCUCGGCUGUGACGUGGUGCGGGUGGAGGUGGAGGAGAGCCUGACCAAAGAGCAGCUGCUGGAGACUUUCAUCACCUGCGGCUUCCUCGCGCCGGCAGUGGGCUCGCGGGUCGGCGUGCCACCCGGUCACACCGGCCGGUGUGUGGUGGUGCUCCUGGAGGGGCUGGAGAAGGCUUCGUCUCUAACAGGCCUGCUGGGAGACCUCUGCCACAGUCUGGACAACAGGGGCUCUGCCUCGCCGCUGGUCCUGAACACCGGUCCCCACCAUUUCUGCGAGGGCAGCUUCCUGAUUGCCACGUUGUCGAAGCCCCGCCUCCAGGGAUCGGAGCUGCGCCUCCAGCAGCAUUUCCGCUGGGUGACUCUUCGCUGGGACCAGGAGCCGCUGCACGGCCUGCUGGGGAGGCACCUCCGAAGGAAGCUGCUCCACAAGACGGGGACUGGCGCUUGGACACCCGAUGGCGUCAUGGAGCGGUCGGUGCUUUGGGUGAGCCAGGUCUGGCAGCAGCUCAACGCCUGUCUGUCCCGCCUGGGGACCCAUGAGGCUCUGCUGGGCCCGCAGCUCUUCCUGUCCUGCCCUGCGGUCCCCAACAACGCACAGGCAGUCGUCAGGUGGCUGGCUCGGCUCUGGAACGCCGUGGUCGUCCCCCGCGUGGAAGAGGCCAUCAUCUCCCGGGUAACAGCCAAGCGCUCCUCCUCCUCCGCCACCACCGCCACCUCCUCUUCCUCGUCACCGUCGUCGCAGCGACUGUCUCCUAGCAACUGUGGGCUGAGCGCCGGCCAGCUGGCUGUGGUGAAAGCUGCGCUCAGCAUCCUGGUCAACAAGGCCGUUCUCCUGGGCUGCCCUCUGCCUCGACACGAAAUCGACAGGUACCUGCUGGAGUUCCGGGGCGGGACCCUCCCUCUGACAGCCAUCGGCUCCUAUAAAGGAAGCAGCGCCGGUGGGGGCAGGAAGGGACGCGACGGCAGCAAGUUGAGGCGAUCCAACACCAGCCCUCGGAAGAAGGGAAGCCCCGCCUUGAACUGGAGCUGCGGCGGUUCCUUCGGAGAGGGGUCACUGUCCAACACUGAUGUCAGCUUCAUCGCCAACGGCAAAGUCCAGAGGGAGCCCGUAGGUCUGCCCGUGUUCUCUGACGACGAGACAGAUCUGAUCAGAGAGCUGCAGACCAUGUGCUCCAGCAAGUCCGAGCCAGACAUCAGCAAGAUCUCUCAGGCCAAAGACGACUUGAUCCUGUUCUCCUGCUCUCCCAGUGAAGUGUCACGCCCCCACAAGGCCGAGCAGGGAACUGCCGUCCAUCAGCGAGCGCAGACGGCCGUCGUUCGUCAGUCCAGCCGCAGCCCCGGCCAGGCAGCCGUCCAGAGCAGCGACCGGCGUUCAGGGCCCCGCGCCAAAUCGCAGCUCCCCGUCCCCAGCAGCAGGGGGCAGCAGACACGAGUGUCCGCCGCCGCCACCAGCGGCAACAACAACAACAGCAGCAGCAGCAGCAGCAGCAGCAACAGCAGCAACAGCAACAGCCCUAUCCGAACCCAGACGCCUCCCAGCCGCAUCAGAACCACCAACAGCAGUAGAACAAAGCAGGCUCCACCCAACAGCAGCAGCAGCAGCAGCAGCAGCAACUACUACUACCGCAACAACAUCAAUGACAACAAGCAAUCACAUGAGGACAUCUGGAUCCUCCACAGAGACCUGCAUGAAAACAACAAUAAGUAGACCCCCCUCCUGUCCCUCCCCAUGAUUCCCCUGUGAACCUCCCUCCACGAUGUAAAGACUAGGUACCUGACGACCUUUGACUUUCAGUAUUUGUACUUGUUAUCCGUACUUGUUACACUGUACUACAGUUGUGUACUUGGGGACCAUAGUUUUAUUCUAUUACAGUAUUUGAAGUAUUUGAUCGUCCGGGGCGUAAAAAGAGGGUUUGGUGAGACUUUACGGAGGAAAGAACAACAGAAGGUAAUGCAGCAGGUUACUUUACUGUUGCCUUAUUCCAUAUUGUAUCAACGUGCAUAUUAUGGGACAGUAUUCAAUAGACAAGAUACAGUGUAAGCAUUUACUGAAAUAAGAGUUGAGAUGUUAAGUAUUUGACUGGUAGAAACUGCCUCAAAACAGUCCUGGCACAGUGUUUUUGUGUACUUUAAGUGAAAUACUGUACUUCUCCUCUGGUAUAAGGCCAUUGAAUAGUAACUGAAAUUACUUACAGGUGUUACUUUUAAGUGCAAAGUGUUUUUGGAUCAAAGAAAGAAACAAGCAGGUUUUUAUUUUCUUUCUUUUGUUGUUUUUGCUAUUAAGUAUUUUGAAAUAUUCAAGUGUUUUAUCUUUAAAUAGUUGCAAGGUUGGUUGAAAUACUGUUGAAAUUAAUCAGGGUUUUACCAAAUAUAUUUGUAAAUAAGAAUUAGUACGUUUAAAUGCUCUAUAGAUUGGUGUAUGUGGUAUGACGCUUGUACAGUGACAAAACCUUAAAGUAAAACUGCUGAAAAAAAAAGAAAAACUUGUACAUAGUGUUUGUAAAAUGAGUUUGGUUCUGAACCCCUCACUUGUUUCAAAGUGAAGGGGAUGUGGCAAUAAGUAAUAGAACUGUAUAAACACAGGAUGUCCUCUGUCAACUGUAAGCCAUAAUAAAUAUUUUAAAUGCCCAUCCUCGCGCCCCUCCCCCUGAGUCAUGUUCAAUUUAACCCCAGCUGAGCCCUACAGUGUAAUUCACACUUUUUUUUUUUUUUUUGCUUUCCAUUGUCACUGUGUUCUUCCUACGUUUCUAUUUUUAAAAAAGACAAGUUUUAUUUUAAGCGGACAUUGUUUAUACAUAUAAAUAUAAAUAUAUCUAUACAUAUGUACAGGAGAGAUUUUAGUCGAUCUAUGAUUUGGAUCUGUAUGAUAGCUGUUUGAGGUUUAAAGAAUUGUCUUUCAAGCACAAACAUUAAA